GCGCCCGCAGCAGAGACCGCGCCGCCCCUGACUCGCCGCCCCGCAGACUCCUGGGAGCGCCGGUCCACGCGGGAGUGCGCAGGCGCAGACGACUGAUCCGUGGGCCGCGGAUUCUUUCCUGUUCCAAAAGAAGACCUCAAAAGAGAAGGUUCAUCUCUUGCAAAUCUCAAAGCCAUGCCUCAGGGAUCAGUGUCAUUCAAGGAUGUGACUGUGGACUUCACCCAAGAGGAGUGGCAGCAACUGGACCCUGCUCAGAAGACCCUCUACAGGGACGUCAUGUUGGAAAACUAUUGCCACCUCAUCUCUGUAGGGUUUCACAUGACUAAGCCCGAUAUGAUCCGCAAGUUGGAACAAGGGGAAGAACUAUGGACAACAGAGAGGAUUUUCCCAGGUCAGAGCUGCCUAGAAGAAGAUGGGAAAGCUGAAGAUGUUUUAGUGAAGUUCAAAGAAUACCAAGAUAGGCAUUGUAGAUCAGUUGUUUUCAUCAACCACAAAAGACUAAUAAAGGAAAGAAGUAAUAUUUUGGGGAAAACUCUUACUGUAGGCAAGAACCGUAUCAUUUCAAAAACAACACUAUGUGAAUAUAAACCUGAUGGAAAGGUUUUGAAAAACAUUUCAGAAUUAGUCUACAGAAAUAUAAGCCCUGUAAGAGAGAAAUUUGGUGAGAGUAAUGGAUGGGAGAAGUCACUCCUCAAUGCUAAGCGUGAGAAGAUUCAUACUGCAGUGAAUCUCUAUAAACAAACAGAAAGAAGUCUGAGUGGUAAACAAGAGCUUAUUCAGCAUCAGAAGGUUCAAACUCCAGAGCAAUCAUUUGAACAUAAUGAAUGUGAAAAGUCCUUCCUUAUAAAAGGAAUGUUAUUUACACAUACUAGAGCUCACAGAGGAGAAAGACCCUUUGAAUACAAUAAAGAUGGAAUAGCCUUCAUUGAAAAGUCAAAUCUCAGUGUCCAUCCACAAAAUCUUAUGGAGAAGAAGUCCCAUGCAUAUAGCAAAUAUGGGAAAUUCCUCUGCAGGAAGUCCAUUUUUAUUAUGCAUCAGAAAUCUCAAACAGAAGAAAAACCCUUUCAGUGUCCUUACUGUGGGAAUAACUUUAGAAGGAAGUCAUAUCUCAUUGAACAUCAGCGAAUUCACACAGGUGAGAAACCUUAUGUUUGCAGUCAAUGUGGAAAAGCUUUCCGUCAAAAGACAGCCCUCACUCUUCAUGAAAAAACACAUAUAGAGGGGAAACCCUACAUUUGUAUGGAUUGUGGGAAGUCCUUCCGUCAGAAAGCAACCCUCACUAGACAUCACAAAACACAUACAGGGGAGAAAGCCUAUGAAUGUACUCAAUGUGGAAGUGCUUUUAGAAAGAAGUCAUACCUCAUUGAUCAUCAGAGAACUCACACAGGAGAGAAACCAUAUCAAUGUAAUGAAUGUGGAAAGGCAUUUAUCCAGAAGACAACCCUCACUGUACAUCAGAGAACUCACACAGGAGAAAAACCCUAUAUUUGUAAUGAAUGUGGGAAGUCCUUCUGUCAAAAGACAACCCUCACUCUCCAUCAAAGAAUUCAUACAGGGGAAAAACCCUAUAUUUGUAAUGAAUGUGGGAAGUCCUUCCGCCAGAAGGCAAUCCUCACUGUUCAUCAGAGAAUACAUACAGGAGAGAAAUCCAAUGGAUGUUCUCAGUGUGGGAAAGCCUUUAGUCGGAAAUCAAACCUCAUUCGCCAUCAGAAAACUCACACAGGAGAGAAACCAUAUGAAUGUAAAGAAUGUGGGAAGUUCUUCAGUUGUAAGUCAAACCUCAUUGUCCAUCAGAAAAUUCACAAGGUAGAAACCAUGGGAAUUCAGUAAAGGAUGUGACUUUUUUUUUUGUAAAAAACUUUUAAAGUCAUAGUAAACCCUGUACAUGAUGUUGCUUGCAAGUGUAAUAAUGUUCAACUGUUUAAGGUGCUCUACCGCAUAUUUACCUGCUGUUUGCUAGCCUAUAGAACACACACACAAAAGAAUUACUAGAGAAAUUAAAUGACAAAAGUCAUUGAAAAUACAAGCCCUAAUUUUUUAUUAUUAAAUUCAGCAGACGUAAACUUCCUUUAUCAAGUUACUGAAAACAUUUUAAAUUGCCUUUCUAAAAUUUUAAAUUUCAGUACCUACCUUGUCGUGAACCAGUAAUAAACAAUUGGCCGACUGGCAGUAGUCCAUGGACCACACUGAUGAGAAGUGCUUUAAAACAAAGGAGGUGUGAACUGUAUUUCUUAUUCCAAAUAUGGAAUAAAAAUUAGUUGUUACCUCCUCAAAGUUAAUCAUAGUUCUGACUUCUAACAUUAUAAAUUAGUUUUUGCAUAUUAUAAACCCUUAUAUAAAUUGGAUUAUAAAUCAUGUAUUCUUUCAUAUAUGGCUUGUUUCAUUCAUCAUUAUGUCUCUGAAACUCAUUGUUACUGCAUGUGGCAGAAGUUCAUUUAUUUUCAUUCUAUAUAGAAUUCCAUUAUAUGGUUAUAUCACAAUUUAAUCCAAUUUAUUGUUGAUGGACGUUUCAUUAUUUGCAGCUUAGGGUCAUAAUAAAUAAUGCUUCUGUGAACAUAUUUAUCUUUUGCUGUACAUAUAUUCAUUUCUCUUGUGUAUAUACUUAGUGGAAUUGCUGGGUUGUGGGGCAUAUGUAUGUUUGCCAGCUUUGGUAGAUACUACCAAAUAACUCAGAACUUCACAACAUGAGAUAAUUCACUCUGAAGGGAAACAACUGAAUAUUAUCAAUAUGGUGAUGGUUCAAACCAGAGAAUUCAUAGUAGAAAGAAACUCUAUGAAUGCUGUGAAAACUGGGAAUUCGCAUAUAAUACAUGUAUAAAGGCUUUUAGCCACAGCCCAAAUCUUUAUAUAAUACCAGACAAAUGUAAUAAAUGUGAGAUUGCCUUUAGCCA